AUGGCCCUGCAAUCCAAUGAUACGCAGGAUUACGAAGUACGAUAUACUGGCGGGAGUUCAGCGACCGAAUCUUUGCAAAGGCCUUUGUCUAUCCGAUUUCGCGAAAGAAACUCGUCCAUAUCCCUGUCGUCUGGGAACCAAUCCAGUCCGGCGAUAGUCCUGUCUCCAACCGAUUCUGCCUACAACACGCCCACAAGGAUAAGUCUUCCGUGGCAAAACAACUACUUCACAGGAGACACAGAGACAUCCUACGAGAGUUCAGAUAACGUGCUGGCAAGCAGACGCUUCUCGAUCACAUCAGGCAGUCGUUCCGUCUCACCUGUACGAGAUCUGGGUAUCAGCGCCACCCAAAGUUCUCAAAGUUCAGUUACCAGCGACGACGGCGAAGAUGACAGCAUAAGGUUUCCGAUCGAAGGUUGCAUCCGCCAAAAGAUUAGGGACAGACUGGAGUGGAAUCAGAUGCAUGCGGAGAAGAGGGAGCAGUACUUGCCGAUUGACUCUUUUGAGGAGAUCUUUACAGUCUUGAACAUCACACAAUUAAUGCAAGAGAAGUUUCCAGAGUUGGUCGAAGGAGAUCUGGAGGAGAAAGUCCUACGAAUCACUCAAUGCGAACAGAAAUGCCCAGCAGAAACAGAUGGUAGUCGGAUAAUCGGACGGCGGCGGAUCCUCGCAAUACUCAUUCAUAUGGGUCAACUAGACCACAUCGAUGCCUUCAUUGAAGAGAACGUAUGUGACGGUCAUCUACCUAUCCAAUACACCGAGAGAGACAACAGGGUGUUCGUCGACCGCGCUUCUCAACAUAAUGAAACGCUGUUCCGCAGUUGGGAAAGAUUUCAUAUUGAUCAGUUUCACAAUUACCAAAAUGUCUUUUUCGUCCCGUUUUUCGACAUUGGCACGGGCUUUGGAAUAAACUCGUACGAUUUCGAGUCUGAUAUCAGGCUUCCUUGGAAGGAACAUGAGCUUAAAACCAAUGGCGGAAACGGAGUCAUAUAUCGGUUGCUCAUGCACCCCAGUCACCAUAAUUUCAAGGAAACCAGGUCAUCAGAUGGAUCUAUCUACUUUGCGGUCAAAGAAGUCGAUGCCGUUGACCGGUUGAGCUAUAAACACGAACUAAAAGCUCUGGAAAGGUCCGGUGCAUACGUGAAGCAAGAGAAGCAUCUGAUCAAACUUUUGUUCACCUACCAAUAUCGAGGAAGACUUUAUCUUGUAUUUGAAUGGGCAGAUGGCAACCUGAUGGAGUUCUGGCAGAAUCCAUUAGUUCAUCUUGAGCCAUCCCUAACAAGAGAAAAGUGGGCGAUUGAACAAUGUUGGGGCAUUGCUAACGCAAUCGCAUUGAUCCACGGACUAUCUCGCUUACAAAAGAGCGAGCGAUGCUCUAUGUCAGAAUCUGAAAGAGACGCGUACAGUAGCUGGGGUCGCCACGGAGAUAUAAAGCCAAACAACAUUCUCUGGUUCUCAUCAUACGGAGAUGAUCGCAAUCUUCUUGUGGUUUCCGAUCUUGGACUCACUAGAUAUCACUCGGCGGCCACCAAGUCACUUGUGUCGCGCAUUGACGGCUGUACCCCUACAUAUCGAGCCCCAGAGUUCGACUUGCACGAGCCCAUAACUCCAACUUAUGAUGUUUGGAGCCUGGGCUGUGUUUAUAUUGAGUUCUUUACGUGGUACGUCGAAGGGAUGGAAGGUUUCAUGGAGUUCGAAGACGCAAGGACCAAUGAUUACUAUGAAUUCGAGGACGUUUGCUUGCCUGAGGUGCUAGAGGAUAACUAUUUCGUUAUUUUGCAAGCCGAAUCCGCCGGACGGAGAUGGAGGCAUGCGACGCUGAAGUCAAGUGUCACCGAAUGGUUGGAUAGGCUGAGACGUAAUGGCCGUUGCACAACUGCGAUCUCUGAGUUCUUGGACAUCAUUGAGCAAAAGAUGCUUGUUAUAGAUGCCAAAGACCGCUCCCACAUGGACACGAUUACAAGCGAGAUAGCUGGGGUAUAUGAAAAGCUGCGGUGA